AUGGCAGUGGCUGUAGCGUUUUCGUAUGUUCGCAAACCACCUUCAAUGGCUUCCACUUCUUCUAAAAAACGAAAACGCGGCUCAGACGACGUUGGAAAAGUAACCUUUGAAGUAUCGGAGACACUUACUUCACAGGCGGGACCGGUUCUGGUCAAUUUUCCGUCCAUCAAACCACCGCAAAACACACCCUUUGUACGCUAUAAGAUCAAUAAUAAAGGCUCGGGAAACGAUGAUACGGCGGUACAUGCAGACGACAAAAUAAUAGUUGCGGGCGAGACGAACUCGGUCGAAUUUUUCUCUUCCGACGAGACGCAAAGAGCAUCUGCGGGAUGUAGGUAUCUUGUGGGUGUCCAUAAUAAACAAACUGGCGUCACCACUCUUCGCCCUGCGCCUCUGCACAUUCUUACUCAACAAGUAAAGGCCCUGAAACGUCUAGAGCCUGCAGCGGUAUCCUCAAUGCAGCGCCUCGAAGCACGGGCUGCCCUCGGUGAAACGUUUGGUACCAAAAAGGCCAAGGCUGCCAUAAAAGCACGGGAGAGGAACAAGGUCGAUGCUGCUGCUAUGGAAGGCGUAGCUGGGCACUUGCAAGAUAGGAUAGAGCAGAACACCAUGGCUCUCCCUACGCAGGAGGAAGCCAAAGCGACCGCAGACAGUGCACGCCUGAUUCCCCCAUAUAAUCCCGACGCUUUCGAUGCCGAGGGUGUGUAUCCUCUACACAACGUUAUACCGGAAGUAGAGUGGAGAGCGUUGUCGACGUCUGCACUUAUAGCUGCCAAUGACGAUCAAAAUAGGGUCGCCUUGCUGCCAUAUCAGAGAUCUAGCUGGGUUAAUCAGCACCUUCGGGUAGUGUUCUCAGCCUCGACACCAAAGAAAAGCGACAUUAAGAUACUGCUCUACAUCGCCGCCAUGCUCGCAUUUCGCGCAUCAACGUUCAAGAGAAUAGAUAAACAGGCUGUUCAUGAAAAGCUUCAUGGUGUACCGAGUGUGAUUAUCGACGGCUUGCUGUCGAGGUUCACGGAGACUGCUCGAGGGUCGACCGAUGCCCAAACCACGACACAAACGCAAACGACGAUACUGACAUACAUGUUUGCGCUGUGUCUGAGAGUUGAUGAUUUCUCUACGGACACGACAUUAAUAGCAGCUGAUUUGAGUCAGCCAGUGACGAAAAUCAACACGCUGUUCAGGUCGCUAGGCUGCAAGAUAGAGAAGGCGACGCAGACAGAUCUGAAGAGGCUUGGAUUGCCGAACAGCGCGAGUGAGACGAAGCGGGCUGUGCUGAGGAUGCCGCUGACGUUCCCGCAAGCGAGGCUGAAACGGAGGUGAUUAGAGAGACAUAGGUCAUGUAUCUAGGACUAGUCGUAGACUAUAUAGAAAUGACUGUGAGGUG